UUGUGUUGUGAAGUUUGUGAUUCAGUGCGCGUGUGUCAAAAUGAUGAGAUUUAAUAAGUUGCAUACAUCAUGCAGACAAUUGCGAGCUUUCUUAGAUAUAACGCAAUCUUACGGUUACAAUGCUGAGGAACAUGUAGUGCAGACAGAUGAUGGUUACCUUCUCACAUUGCAUCGUAUUCCUCAUGGCGUGAAGACACGUGAAAGUGGAAGCGAAGGAAUUGUGUUUCUCCAACACGGAUUACUCUGUUCAUCCGUUGAUUGGAUAGUAGCUGGCCCAAGUAGAAGUCUACCCUACUUACUGGCAGAACAGGGCUAUGAUGUGUGGAUGGGUAAUGCCCGUGGGAAUAACUAUUCUCGACGACAUGUGUCCCUUAAGCCUAAAAGUAGAGACUUCUGGCAAUUUAGUUGGCACGAAAUUGGGAUUUAUGAUCUUCCCGCAAUGAUUGAUUAUACGCUCAAUAAAACGGGACAAACAUCUCUGCACUACAUUGGUUACUCCCAAGGAACAACCGCAUUCCUCGCGUUGGCAUCAAUGCGAAAUGAUUACAGCAAAAAGGUGUCUAUGUUCCAAGCUCUAGCACCAGCGGUGUUUUUGUCAAAUGCCAAAAGUCCAUUUAUUAAAGCUCUGGCACCUUUGGCAAAUCAAACAAAGUUCCUGCUAGAUUCGAUGGGUGUCCAUGAACUUUUCCCCAAUGAUACGAAUAUAGUUCAAAAGGUGCGAAAGUCUCUCUACAGAAAUAAUGCUGUGGUACAGAGUUUGUUGACUAAUAUCUUAUUCAUCAUUGCUGGGUUUGAUUCACAACAAAUGGAUCUGAAACUCCUUCCAAGAAUACUUGAGAAUACACCAGCAGGUGCAUCUGUAAAUCAAAUAAUUCAUUAUGCACAGUGUAUUAAUUCAGGCGAAUUCAGGUUAUUUGAUUAUGGAAAAUUGGGCAAUGAGAUCAAAUAUGGUUCAAGGAUUCCUCCGAAAUAUCCCAUUGAGGAAAUAACUACUCCAACUGUGAUCCAUUUUGCUGAAAAUGAUUGGCUUUGCACGGUAAAGGAUGUCGAAAAGUUAAUCCAGAAAUUACCAAAUAUUGUUGCUAAAUACCAAGUGCCAUUUCCAAAAUUCAAUCACUUGGACUUUAUCUAUGCUCUACAAGCACGACAAUUAGUCUAUGAAAAUGUACUGAGCAUACUCAAAAAUACCUCAAACUUCCGAGGAAUGACUAGAAUGAAUAAAGGUUAAGCUUAAUCCUUUGUUGAUGUGAAUUUCUUUGGGUGAUGGUACAAAGUUUGUGUCGGCUAUAUCGCUUUUGAGUUUCCAGACUAUAUCAGUUUCAGCCCCAAUAAAUUCAAUUCCUUUUAUCAUCACAUCAAAUGAGUUUACCAAAGUUCACAAUUGCUGCAAAAGGUGGAUAAGGGAAUUCCAUUAGAAUCUUGCUGAAGCUCUCGAAGAUUACAACUUUGUUCAAUGGUGUUGAGAAUGUUUCGUAUUUAAGUAAAAUUCAAUUUCUUAUCUGUCACAAAUACUAAAUCUUAUCUGAAAAGUAUCACUGAGCAAUCGUCAGCAAAGUUUCAAUACAGUUAGAAAGUUGUGCAGUUAUGCAUUAUAUUGCAAUUUGUUGCAUAUAGCACUAUAAGACAAAUGGUAAAUUUUCGUGAUAAAAUCUUAAUACGCAUUAACUUUUUCAAUGAAUGAUGAGAAGAAUUUAAUCCAAAUGGAAUUACUUUUUAUGAAAAAAAUAAGCAGUUUGAGACAAUAAGUUUCUAAUUUUCAAAAUUUUAAUAUUUAUUACAAAUGUGUUCUUUCUUAAAUGUAAAUUUCACUAUUCUUCACCACAAGUUUGUUGAACUGCCUUUCAAUUGGCUGAUAAGUUUUACUGUAAUUUGUUAUUAAGGGAAAGUCAAAUAUUUAUACUGUAUCAAUAAAGAAUCCCGCAUAGUGUAAAUUUUCUUCUAUAGCACAUUAUUAAUCACAUAGAUGAAUACAGUUUUAUUGCUUGUUUAUCGCCGCCACAUAAUGGUCUAAUAAUAUUCUCAACAUUACUGAUUCAUAAUUGGAAUGAAUUGAAUUUCAAAUUGCCUCUAGACAUUAUGUAUAUAGUGACCGUGAUUCAUUUUGGAUGGAUGAGUUUUCGAAAAGCCACUAUCCUAUGGCCAGAUAUGCAUAAAUGCACCUCCCAUUCUAAAAUUCAUUUAUUGAGAAAAAUUAAAGUAAAAAAAAUCUACAUUUUUUGUAAGAAAAAUUUAAAAGAUUCUUCUCAAGGAAUCCUAAUAGAGAACUUUUGGACUUUGCAUGAAGAUGUAUAUUUUUAAAGAGCAAUAAAAUUAUGAAUUACAGAUAAAAAAA